GCAUUCACUCUUCGCCCUCCUCAGCACCAAUAGCUUUCCUUCUACAGCCCACGACUCCACAGCGUAGCCCCUCCCACCGCCCGCGCGCCAGCCGGAGGUGUUCGGCGUGCGCGCGCUCGUUCGCCCGCCGGCCCGCCUCGCGCCCAGUGGGGAAGGGGAGUGAGCAGAGGAGCUUACGUCGCGCGGGAGGCGGAGGCGACGGCGACCUCGGUGGUGGCGGCGGCGGCUACGACGGAGACGGUUGCGCUCGCUCUCUCGGCGUCAUGGCGGCUGCCGGGAGCCGAUAAGCGGCGGGAGCGGGAGCGCGCGCGUGGCCGCGGCGACGACGACGGCUCGUUACUUCUCGCUUUUGCUGCCUUCGCCGUUGGUGCUUCAAUAAUGAAUUGAUUGUUGGGUCCGCUCCGCAGGGGAUCGCGCAUUGGUGCCGCGGCCCGGGGCUUCCCCUUCCCCUCCGCGUCCUUCCCCUUCCCCCUCCUUCUCACGGACUCCUGCUUACCCCGAGGCGCCCGGAGCCCGAGGACUCACUCGGCGGCAGAGACCGCGGGCCCGGGCGCGGGGGAGGCCGCCGACCCGAGUCGGCUCCCUCCGCCCCGCGAAGCCUGCACGCCCGCCGGUGAAUCAAAAAGGGCCCAGGAAGCCUGUGAAUGUUGGAGAAAAUUCAUCUGUGAAUUUUUGAUGUUUAAGGAGUUCGUAUUUGUAUUCAUCUUUUAAACUGGGAAGAUUUAUAUUUUAUUUUAAAACCUCUUGAUAUUUACAAUGAAUGGACACAGUGAUGAAGAAAGUGUUAGAAACAGUAGUGGAGAAUCAAGCCAGUCGGAUGAUGAUUCUGGGUCAGCUUCAGGCUCAGGAUCUGGUUCAAGUUCUGGAAGCAGUAGUGAUGGAAGCAGUAGCCAGUCAGGUAGCAGUGACUCUGAAUCUGGAUCUGAAUCGGGCAGUCAGUCAGAGUCUGAAUCAGACACUUCCCGAGAAAACAAAGUCCAAGCAAAACCACCGAAAGUUGAUGGAGCUGAGUUUUGGAAAUCUAGCCCUAGUAUUCUGGCUGUUCAGAGAUCUGCAGUGCUCAAGAAGCAGCAGCAGCAGCAGCAGGCUUCAUCUAAUAGUGGAUCAGAGGAGGAUUCCUCCAGCAGUGAAGAUUCUGAUGACUCAUCGAAUGAGGUCAAAAGGAAAAAGCAUAAAGAUGAAGAUUGGCAAAUGUCUGGGUCAGGAUCUCCAUCUCAAUCUGGUUCAGAUUCAGAAUCUGAAGAAGAAAGAGAUAAAAGCAGUUGUGAUGAAACAGAAUCUGAUUAUGAGCCAAAAAACAAAGUUAAAAGCAGAAAACCUCAAAAUAGAUCUAAGGCAAAAAAUGGGAAGAAAAUUCUUGGACAAAAAAAGAGACAGAUUGAUUCAUCUGAGGAGGAAGAUGAUGAAGAAGAUUAUGAUAAUGAUAAAAGAAGUUCUCGUCGCCAAGCAACUGUCAAUGUUAGCUAUAAAGAAGAUGAAGAAAUGAAAACAGAUUCUGAUGAUCUACUGGAAGUCUGUGGGGAGGAUGUUCCUCAACCUGAGGAAGAGGAAUUUGAAACAAUAGAACGUUUUAUGGAUUGUCGGAUUGGGAGAAAAGGAGCUACUGGUGCUACUACAACCAUCUAUGCAGUUGAAGCAGAUGGUGACCCAAAUGCAGGAUUUGAAAAAAACAAGGAACCAGGCGAGAUCCAAUAUUUAAUUAAAUGGAAAGGAUGGUCCCAUAUUCACAAUACUUGGGAGACAGAAGAAACCCUUAAGCAGCAGAAUGUUAGAGGAAUGAAAAAAUUGGAUAAUUAUAAGAAAAAAGAUCAGGAAACAAAAAGAUGGUUGAAAAAUGCUUCUCCAGAAGAUGUGGAAUAUUAUAAUUGCCAGCAAGAACUCACAGAUGAUCUACACAAACAGUAUCAAAUAGUGGAACGAAUAAUUGCUCAUUCCAAUCAGAAGUCAGCAGCUGGUUAUCCUGAUUAUUAUUGCAAAUGGCAGGGCCUUCCAUACUCAGAGUGCAGCUGGGAGGAUGGAGCUCUAAUUUCCAAAAAGUUUCAAGCAUGCAUAGAUGAGUAUUUUAGCAGGAAUCAGUCAAAAACCACUCCUUUUAAAGAUUGCAAAGUAUUAAAACAAAGGCCAAGAUUUGUAGCCCUAAAGAAGCAGCCAUCCUAUAUUGGAGGACAUGAGAGUUUAGAAUUAAGAGAUUAUCAACUGAAUGGUUUAAAUUGGCUUGCUCACUCUUGGUGCAAAGGAAAUAGUUGCAUACUUGCUGAUGAAAUGGGCCUUGGAAAAACAAUACAGACGAUCUCAUUUCUGAACUAUUUAUUUCAUGAACAUCAAUUAUAUGGACCUUUUCUGUUAGUAGUACCACUUUCCACUCUUACUUCCUGGCAAAGGGAAAUUCAGACAUGGGCUUCUCAAAUGAAUGCUGUGGUUUAUUUAGGUGACAUUAACAGCAGAAAUAUGAUAAGAACUCAUGAAUGGAUGCAUCCCCAGACCAAACGGUUAAAAUUUAAUAUACUUUUAACAACUUACGAAAUUUUAUUGAAGGAUAAGGCAUUCCUUGGAGGUCUAAAUUGGGCUUUUAUAGGUGUAGAUGAAGCACAUCGAUUAAAGAAUGAUGACUCUCUCCUGUAUAAAACUUUAAUAGACUUUAAGUCCAAUCACCGUCUCCUUAUUACUGGAACUCCUCUACAAAACUCCCUCAAAGAGCUCUGGUCUUUGCUACAUUUCAUUAUGCCAGAAAAGUUUUCUUCCUGGGAAGAUUUUGAAGAAGAACAUGGAAAAGGCAGAGAAUAUGGUUAUGCAAGCCUCCACAAGGAGCUUGAGCCGUUUCUGUUACGCAGAGUUAAAAAAGAUGUGGAAAAAUCUCUUCCUGCCAAGGUUGAACAGAUUUUAAGAAUGGAAAUGAGUGCUUUACAGAAACAGUAUUACAAAUGGAUAUUAACUAGGAAUUACAAAGCCCUCAGCAAAGGUUCCAAGGGCAGUACCUCAGGCUUUUUGAACAUUAUGAUGGAGCUAAAGAAAUGUUGUAACCAUUGCUACCUCAUUAAACCACCAGAUAAUAAUGAAUUCUAUAAUAAACAGGAGGCCUUACAACACUUAAUCCGUAGUAGCGGAAAAUUGAUUCUUCUUGACAAACUGUUAAUUCGCCUAAGAGAACGAGGCAAUAGAGUUCUUAUUUUUUCUCAAAUGGUGCGGAUGUUAGAUAUACUUGCAGAAUAUUUGAAAUACCGUCAAUUCCCCUUUCAAAGAUUAGAUGGAUCAAUAAAAGGAGAACUGAGAAAACAAGCUCUAGAUCAUUUUAAUGCUGAAGGAUCAGAGGAUUUCUGCUUUUUGCUUUCCACGAGAGCUGGAGGCCUGGGAAUUAAUUUAGCCUCUGCUGACACUGUUGUUAUAUUUGAUUCUGAUUGGAAUCCACAAAAUGAUCUUCAGGCACAGGCUAGAGCUCAUCGAAUUGGGCAGAAGAAACAGGUGAAUAUUUAUCGUCUAGUUACAAAGGGAUCAGUUGAAGAGGAUAUACUUGAAAGGGCGAAAAAGAAGAUGGUUUUGGAUCACCUUGUGAUUCAGAGAAUGGACACAACUGGGAAGACAGUACUACAUACAGGUUCUGCCCCCUCAAGUUCUACUCCUUUCAAUAAAGAAGAAUUAUCAGCCAUUUUAAAGUUUGGCGCUGAGGAGCUUUUUAAGGAACCUGAAGGAGAAGAACAAGAGCCCCAGGAAAUGGAUAUAGAUGAGAUCUUGAAGAGGGCUGAAACUCAUGAAAACGAACCAGGCCCUUUAACUGUAGGAGAUGAAUUGCUUUCCCAGUUCAAGGUUGCCAACUUUUCAAAUAUGGAUGAGGAUGACAUUGAGUUGGAACCAGAAAGAAAUUCAAAGAAUUGGGAAGAAAUAAUUCCAGAAGAUCAAAGAAGACGAUUAGAAGAGGAAGAAAGACAAAAGGAACUUGAAGAAAUUUAUAUGCUCCCAAGAAUGAGAAACUGUGCAAAACAGAUUAGUUUUAAUGGAAGUGAAGGGAGGCGCAGUAGAAGUAGGAGAUACUCUGGAUCUGAUAGUGACUCGAUCUCAGAAAGGAAAAGGCCAAAGAAACGUGGAAGACCACGGACUAUUCCUCGAGAGAAUAUCAAAGGAUUUAGUGAUGCAGAAAUUCGGCGGUUUAUCAAGAGUUACAAGAAAUUUGGUGGCCCUCUGGAAAGAUUAGAUGCAAUUGCUCGGGAUGCUGAAUUAGUUGAUAAGUCAGAGACAGACCUCAGACGACUAGGAGAAUUGGUGCAUAAUGGUUGCAUUAAAGCUUUAAAGGAUAAUUCUUCAGGAACAGAACGAACAGGUGGUAGACUUGGAAAAGUGAAGGGUCCAACAUUCCGAAUAUCAGGUGUACAGGUGAAUGCCAAGCUUGUCAUCUCCCAUGAAGAAGAAUUAAUACCAUUGCACAAAUCCAUUCCGUCAGAUCCCGAAGAAAGAAAACAGUAUACUAUCCCAUGCCACACAAAGGCAGCUCAUUUUGAUAUAGACUGGGGCAAAGAAGAUGAUUCCAAUUUGUUAAUUGGUAUCUACGAAUACGGAUAUGGAAGCUGGGAAAUGAUUAAAAUGGAUCCUGACCUCAGUUUAACACACAAGAUUCUUCCUGAUGAUCCUGAUAAAAAACCACAAGCAAAGCAGUUGCAGACACGUGCAGACUACCUCAUCAAAUUACUUAGUAGAGAUCUUGCAAAAAAAGAAGCUCAGAGACUUUCUGGUGCAGGAGGAUCAAAGAGGAGAAAAGCAAGAGCUAAGAAGAAUAAAGCAAUGAAGUCUAUAAAAGUGAAAGAAGAAAUAAAGAGUGAUUCUUCGCCCCUGCCUUCAGAGAAAUCCGAUGAAGAUGAUGAUAAGGAUGAGAUCACUUCUGUGAAACAUCCAAAUAAAAAAAUUAAAACAGAAAGAGACAGUGAAGAAAGACCUGAGCCAGAUGUUUUUAUAAAGAAGGAAUCAGAAGAAAAGAGGGAAGCAAAAGAAAAAGAGAAUAAAAGAGAACUUAAGAGGGAGAUAAAAGAAAAAGAGGAUAAGAAAGAUAUAAAGGAAAAAGAUUUUAAAGAGAAAAGAGAAAACAAAGUAAAAGAAGCUAUACAGAAAGAAAAAGACAUAAAGGAAGAAAAGUUGAGCGAAUCCAAGUCUGAUAGCAAGGAAAGAUCCAAGAAAUCUUCAGUGUCAGAUGCUCCAGUUCAUAUCACCGCAAGUGGUGAACCAGUUCCCAUAUCUGAAGAAUCUGAAGAGCUAGAUCAGAAGACAUUCAGCAUUUGUAAAGAAAGGAUGAGGCCUGUCAAAGCAGCUUUGAAACAACUUGAUAGGCCUGAAAAAGGCCUUUCAGAAAGAGAACAACUGGAGCAUACUAGACAGUGUUUAAUAAAAAUUGGAGACCAUAUCACAGAAUGUCUGAAAGAGUAUACAAAUCCUGAACAAAUCAAGCAGUGGAGAAAAAACCUGUGGAUUUUUGUAUCUAAGUUUACGGAGUUUGAUGCAAGAAAAUUACAUAAAUUAUAUAAACAUGCUAUUAAAAAACGGCAGGAAUCUCAGCAAAAUAAUGACCAGAACAGCAACUUGAAUGCUCAAGUGAUUAGAAAUCCAGAUGUGGAAAGAUUAAAAGAGAAUACAAAUCAUGAUGAUAGCAGCAGGGACAGUUAUUCAUCUGACAGACACUUAUCUCAGUAUCAUGAUCAUCAUAAAGACCGACAUCAGGGAGAUUCUUACAAAAAGAGUGACUCUAGGAAAAGACCCUAUUCUUCUUUUAGCAAUGGUAAAGAUCAUCGUGACUGGGAUCAUUACAAGCAGGAAAGCAGGUAUUACAGUGAUAGAGAGAAACACAGAAAACUGGAUGAUCACAGGAGUAGAGAUCACAGGUCAAAUUUGGAAGGAAGUUUAAAGGAUAGAUCUCAUUCUGAUCAUCGUUCUCAUUCAGACCAUCGGUUACAUUCAGACCAUCGGGCAAGUUCUGAAUAUACACACCAUAAAUCUUCCAGGGAUUAUAGGUAUCACUCAGAUUGGCAAAUGGACCACAGAGCUUCCAGUAGUGGCCCCAGAUCACCACUAGAUCAGAGGUCUCCUUAUGGCUCCAGAUCUCCAUUUGAACACUCAAUUGAACACAAAAGUACACCUGAGCAUACCUGGAGUAGUCGGAAAACAUAACAAAAACUGAUAUUUUGUCUUUCUGGACUUUUCUUUUAGCCAUAUAUCAUAAACCAACACAGUAAUUGCCUUACAUGACUUGAAAGAUAUAAACAGAUCUUCUAUCAGUAGCAGUAUUGUUACUUCUUUCCAGGAUGCAAGGUCUAUUAUCCCAACAGAAGAGAAAAUAUUUUUAUAUUUAAGGAUUAUGCUGCACUGUACUACAAAUACUGUAGUACUUUUUUUUUUUUUCUUUUUUAAAGAAAUGGAAAAUGUUUACUAUUACAGGGACCUCAACACUGCCCUUCCAUAUAGGCUGGAUAAAACUGUUUUUAAGUCAGUGAUUUUAGACUGACCUCCAUUUAAAUUAUGUUUGUAUAUGAACUUUACUCUGACCUGUGAUCAUGUUUCAGGAAGGAAUGAAAGAGAGUUCUUUUCUUAAUAAAGAAAAAACACUCAAGGACUUUGUUCACUUUCCAAAGCUACUUGUUUACAUUGUACACUGCGACCACCUUGCCGCUUUUCAUCACAAGCUUGAAUAUUUAAAUUCUGUACUUAUAUCUUGUAAAAUAGCCAGGAAUUUCCUGUUUGUGAUCUAUUAUUAUGCCUUUUUACACACACACACACACACACACACACACAAAUGGCUGUAAAUUAUUGUAAAUGGAUUAAAUGAGCUUUCCUUACUUCCUUUCCCUUCUCAGGCUUUUUUUGACUGUUCCUUUCCCUACCAACUCAGGCCUUCUUAUCAUUUAAAAAUAUCAGUGUAAUAACACUUUUUAAUGAUUUGUCUUGAUGGAAUCAUUGUUUAGAAUGUAAAAAUGGGGAAAGGGGCCACUUAAUUCCAUUAGUCCUCUUUUUAUAUUGACUAUUUUAUUAGAUACAUGUUAUUUCUUUUUUUUCUUUUGUAGUAAAUAUUGUGUUUGUAGUAACAAAAUGGUGAGAUAAUAUGUAAAAUCUAAACUGCAUGCUCUGGAAACAUUUUUUUCAGAUGCAUUUGGUUUAAAAGGGUAGGUGUAUGAACACUUUUCAGAAUCCAAAAUGGCCAAAAGUUAUUGUAAAUCCAUUUGUUUUCCCUUUUCAUGUGGGCAAUAAUGUCAAAUGUGCUAUGCAGCCAGGUAACAUUUUAGAUAAACUUGAUUGACUUUUAAUAUAAACUGUUACAAUGCACACUGAUUGUAUAUAAAAACCUUAUAUAUGACAAAUUAAAUUUAAGAAAAAGGAUAUGUGGGCUCCUGUAAUUUUCUGCUGCAUUCUUAUUCCAAGCACUUAACUUUUUUUUUUCUUUUUUUUUAAGUAGUAACGUUUAGCUACCAGGAAAAAGGUAUUUUGGUAAGCAGUUAACUAUUGUUAAUGUGUGGCACUACAACUAAAUCUAUUUUGAAGACUAUAUGAAUCUAUGAAGUAAAAUUUAGAUCGUAGAAAUCUUUGUUGGACUCUUGUUGGUUUCCUGCAGAUUUUAUUUUAGAAAGCCUUAUAUUUAUUCACAGAUUUUUAUUUUGUUAUAUUCAGUGGAACUUUUUGAAUCAUGUAGCAUACAUUCUUGGAUGUGUGCUGUGCUGUAGCAAAUUUGAAUCUUAACUUUGACAAAUAUAAGUAUAUUGGUAUAUGCCUAUAAUAUUCUUAAAUGUGUCCCUGUUGAUUAACUGUGGGAGCAAUCUACAGAAAUUCGUCCAUAGAUGGAUGUAUUUUUUAAACGUUUUCCUUUUAUCCAUUUAGGUCUAAAAUUUUAUGUGUACAAAACAAAGCUUUCCUCCCCCCCCCUUUUUUGAGUAGUGAUACCUCUUUUAGUUACCCUGGAAAAUAAUAAUCUAUUUUUUCCUGGCAUAUCAGGUAACAUAGGAAGAAUAGCUCAUUUUCUAAACAUUAAUUUAUAAUUAAAUAUAAAAGUGAUUAAACAGUCUAGUGCCGGUACACAUUUUUUAAGCUUUUCCACUUUUUUCCACGUUUAGUAUAAAUGAUUAUUCCACAGAUAGCAUUUAACAAAAAAAUAUAAUACUUAAUGAAAUUGUAAUAUUAACACAGUGAGCAGAUCAGGGUUGGCAUUUUUAAUUCACAUUUGUAGCUGGGAUAUUUGCAUUAUAUCCUAUUGUACAGGUUACAUAGAAGAACAUUAUUACAUAUUUUGAGGCAAUGGAAUGGGCUCUAAUUUCUUAACAAUGCCACAUUUAGUUGAAUAUUUUAGUCACCUAAUUAGUUGAGUUGAAUGAAGAAUCUAAAACUGUAUGUAACAUUCAUUGAUGGAAAAUAUGUUCAUUAUUUGUAAGAAGUCCACAAUCCUGUAGAAGAGGAAUAAGCCAUAAAUUUAUUAAAACACAAUGGAGAAGAACAUUAGUGCAUAAAUAUCACAGGGAACAUUCUCUAUAAAAUAUGCUUAAAUUUUGUCUUUUACAUGCUCAUUCUGCUUUGCUAUUUUUAUCCAUUUGUGUUUAAGUUUUCAAGGGUGAGAGAUUAUGCAUAGUACUGUACCAGUUAACCCUCCACUUUAAUAAUAUACAAUAAAUGAUUCUUAUUAAAAGCAAUGGCCUGUUUGCUUAUAAAGAAAAUAUUCUUUGUUCAGGAUAUGUUAGAAAAUAAUUUUAGACUGGAAAGCUGUGGAAAACUGGAGUGUGAAUGAUUUGUUCAUUAAUUUCAGAGUGAGUGGCUUAAUAAAACAAACCUUUAUAGCAUGAAACAUAGUAGAUUACAUAUGUGAUAAUUUCUAUAAUCCAUUUUUGUAGUUAAAUAAUGAAAAGGUUGUAUAGAUACACUGAUUGACACUGAUUUCAUUUCCACGAGAUUUAAAGAAUACCCACUGGGGUAAUUGGCAUAAUUCCGUUCGUUACUUUGUUUCUGACUAAAUAAUAAUGGAGUUUUAUAGUUGUGGGUUUUUUUUCUUUUGCAAGGAGUAUAUUGAUUUGGGGUGGGCCUAGGUGGUGGAAAAACAGCUAAUUUUUAAAUAUGGGAUUCUUUUGGACUUAACCCAGCUUCAUUUGAAAUUGUAAUGUGAACUCACAAAUGUGGCUUCAUUGUUAAAAUUUUAAGUAGUUUGUUACUUAGCAAAUAAUGCAAAAAAUACUUUUAAAUGUUUCUAAAUUGAUAUUUAAGCAUGUUAAUAUAAACCAACUAUCAAACCCAUUACUUAAAUUCAAGACCCAAUUUAAAAAUACAGAUCGAUUACACAUAUUGUAGCACUUCAUGCAAGAUUUGUGAUGAACAUGUUUAAGGGCAGAUAACUAGGCAAUAGUACAACAAAAAUAUCCUGAGACAACAUAAUGUCAAAGUCUUCUAAAUUUAGACAUUUAAAACAAAACAGUUGAUAUUAUAUUUUCUCCUGACAAUGACUGCAGUAAUUGACUUUAUAGAUGCUUUAUGCUAAUUUUUUUCUUCUUUUUUUAACUUAAUAGAUUGAUUUUAUUACAGGAAAUGUUUGGAUUCUUUUAUAAGGAAAGACCUAAGGGUAAGAGAUAUUAACUACAUUAAAGAAUGAAAGAUAAGGUUAUUUGGUAAAGUAGGAUUAAAAAAUACUUUCCAGAUUUUUUCCAACUAUCUAUACAAAUUCUUCAGUGGGGCUUCAUGUGCCAUAUUUUCUAUCCUAAAAGGCCAUUAGCCACCUUGUCCUUUAAUUAAAACAAACAAACUUAACCAAUCUUUAUUUGAAACAAGAUUGGUAGUUCAAACUCCCAAAUGAAUAAGAUGCUUUUAAUUCUAUGUCCCAGUCUACAUUUGAGUCUUGAUCUAAGUAUUAAAUUGAAAUGGUAUAAAUAGUCCCCAAACAAAACCUGAGCUCAUCAUGCUUCUCUUAAAUGAGCUAAGAUAUUGACUGCACUGAUCUACAUUAUCUGGCAGAAAUGUGGAUUGCGUUGUGGUUUUACUAUUAUAGACGACUGUUAGGUUUCCAAUCUGUCGAUGAGCUGUGGAAUUGACCUGGCACUCAUUGUUUUUUCCUCUUUUUACCUUUCAAAACUUUGCUUUGUCUCUGGUGUUCUUCAGUUUCACUAUGCUGAGUUUAGGUGUGGUUUUGUUUAUUUAUUUUAAUUUUUUAAAAUUUUAUUUUGUUAGUCACCAUAAAAUACAUCAUUAGUUUUUGAGGUAGUGAUCCACGAUUCAUUGUUUUCGUAUAACACCCAGUGCUCCGGGUUAACCCAGUGAUGGGUAUUAAGGAGGGCUCGUAAUGCAUGGAGCACUGUUUAUAUUUUUUAGAUCAGGUCUUGCCUCGACCAGUUCUUUCUACUUUCUGGAAACCCGUGGUAUUACUCUCAUAACAUUUUUUAUUUCUGUCCCCUGUCUCACCAGCUUUACUGUUUUUCUUUUUCUUUCAGUUUCUGCGCUGAGUAUCUUCAGCUUCAGCUACUCCCCUGAACUCAUCUCCACUUAGAUAUCUAAUAGGCAUCUAAUCUUAAAAUACGGAAAACCAGACUCCGCCCUUCUCCACCAAUAACAUUAAGAAAAAACACAACUGCCAAUGUUCCGUAAUUUUUGAUAAAUGAAUGGACUUGGCAUUCACAACUUUAUAAUAUGUGGCACUUUACCCCUAGCUAUUUCUAGUCUUUCUCUCUCACUCACACUACUCCAUUGUUUAGAAUACCCCAAAGAAUACUUCUGGGACUUUGCAUUGCUGGUCCCUCUGUCAAGAAUGCCUUUAUCCCUAAUUUGUACAAAGCUUACUCCCUCGCUUACAUAAUUCAAGUCUGCUCACAUGUCAUAUCAAGUCUCUAAACUGGUACCCUGCCCCUAUCAAUCAUUUUUUAAUCUCUUUUCUUUUCCUUCUAGCACUUACCAUUACUUGACUUUGUUUUUUUCAUUUGUCAUUGCUUCCUCAUGAACAUGUAAGUUCCAUUAGGGGAAGGACUUCAUCUUACCACUGCUGUAACCCCAGGAGCUAAACCAAUGCCUCACAUAUCAGUUGCAUUUUUUUCAUUAUUUUGGUUCUUUCCCAGAAAUGCUAUGUGCUGUAAGUGGCCAGCAUUAUUAAACUUUUGUCUUUCCAUUAUUACCUGAUCUGUUAGUAUAUAUGGAACAUUUAUAUGCCUUAUCAGUAUCUCUAUUACUAGAGUCUUUUUACUAUCUUUUGCUUUUUAACUCAACUAAUAAGAAUCACCUGAAACAUAGAGAAAUACCUAAGUCUCAUCUAGAAAUUAAAAUAGAGAAAGGCCUUAAGUAAUAUGAUUUUGGGGAUUUUAAUAUUUAUUUUAUUGACUUGAAUAAUACAGAGGUUAGGUCCCCUCUUAAAAUUAAAACACUAUGCUUAUAUAUAAAUGAAAACUGGUAUUUGUAACUUACGGCUGCUUAGGAAAGAUGAUACUUUGUGAAGAGAUAUUCAGAGGUGUGAUAUAUAAUAGGAAAAUAUAAAACAUUUUGAUUUGUCUGUUCCUUUAUCUUUUGAUAGGAAAUAUGUUGUUAGGUGGCAUGAUAGACUUUUUCUACUCAUAAGGGAAGAACACAACUUGUAAAGACACCAUAAUGCAAGAGAAACAUGUUGCAUUUCCAAUGUCUUUAAGGUGAAAUAGCCAAAAAAAAAAAAAAAAAAAUUCCCUCCCUGGCUGGUUUUUGAUAUUUUUUCCCAUUAAAAAUUUAGAUCACGUUUAUAUAAGGUAAAUUCAUCCUUUUUAGGUAUACAUUGUAAUAAGCUUUGACAUAUUAUACAGUUAUUUAACCACCAACAUAUUUAAGAUACAAAAACCUUUCCAGCACCCCAAAAAAGUUAUCCUAUACUAAUUUCCCCAUACCUAGUCCCUGGCAACCACUGAUUUGUCCCCAUAGUUUUACCUUUUCCAUAAUGUUAUUUAAAGGAAUAUACAAAAUAAAGGCUUUGAGCUGACCUUUCACCUAGUAUAAUGUUUUUGAGAUUAAUGUGUUUUUGCAUUAACAGUAGCUCAUUACUUUUUAUUAUUAAGUGCUGUUCUUCAUACUGAAUGUUCUACAGUUUAUCCAUUCACCAACUGGGUUUCCAGUCAUUAGGCCAUUAUGAAUAAAGAUGCAGUAAACCGUCAUGGACCAGUCUCUGGAUAGGCAUAUUCUAACCUUGGGAAAUACUUCGGGGUUUCUAGGUUGUAUGGUAAAGUAUGUUUUACUUAACAAAAAACUGCCAAACUAUUUUCCAAAGUGGAUAUGCCAUUUUAUGUUUCCACCAGCUAUAGAUGAGAGUUCUUGUUGCUCUUUAACCAUGUGAGCAUUUUGUAUGGUAGGGUUUGCUUGUUUGUUUGUUUUUUUCAUGUCGCCAUUCUGGUAGGUGUCUAGUGGUAACAAGUAAUUUGCAUUUCCCUAGUGACUAAUGAUAUUCAACAUCUUUUAAUGUGUUUGUCAUUCUUCUUUCUAGUCUUCAAAUUUUUUUCCAGUUUUAUAAAUAGAAUUAUUGAUGCAAUUCACGUAUCAGAUAAACUGCAAAUAUUUUCUCCUAGUCUGUGACUUGUCUUCAUUUUUUUAACAGUGUCUUUUGAAAUGUAGAAUUUAAAAAUUUUUGAUAAAAUCCAGUUUCUCCCUUUUUUUUCUUCUAUGGUUCCUUCUUUGUGUGUAGAAGUCUUUGCCUAACACAAGAUCACAAAGAUUUUUCUUAUAUUUUAAAAUGGUUAUACGUUUAGGAAUUACAUUUAAGUCUGUGAUCCAUCUCAAGUUUUUUGUAUAUAAUGUGCAGUAUGAACGAAAGGAGUUAUGGGGGGAUAUUUUUAGGUUUUCGUUUUGGUUUUUUUGGAUAUGCAUAUCCAUUUUUCCAACAUCAUUUGUUGAAAAGACUUUUUCCACUGAAUUUCUCUUUUACCUUAUUGAAAAUCAGUUGUUCAUAUGUAGGUGGGUCUGUUUCUGGGCUUCCUAUUUUGUCCUAUUAAUUUAUAUUUCUGCCUAUGCCAACAACACACUGUUUUGGUUAUUGCAGUUUAAAUAGUAAAUUAUGGGAGCACCCGGGUAGCUCAGUCGGUUAAGCGACCGACUCUUGGUUUCAGCUCAGGUCAUGAUUUUAGGGUCGUGGGAGCAAGCCCCAUGUGGGCCUCUCUGCUCACACAGAGUUUGCUUGAGAUUAUCUCUCUUCCUCUCCCUCUGCCUACCCCUCCACCCCCCACUUGUGCGCUCAUGCUCUCUCUCAGUAGUAAAUACAAUCUUUAAAUAAAUAAUAAAUUAUGAAAUCAGGUGGUAGUUCUAAAUUUUGUUCUUCAAAAUUGUUAGGGCCUUCUAAAUUCCUUUGCUUUCCCACAUACAUUUUAGAAUCAAAUUGUAAAUUUCUACCAAAAGCCUGCUAGGAUUUUGAUUGGGAUUAUAUUGAGCAUAUAAUCAAUUUGGAGAAUAUUGAUAGUUUAACAAGAUUGAGAUGUCCGACUUAAUACAGUAUAUAUUCCAUUAUUUAUGUCUUUAAUUUCUCUCAUUGUGAUUUUUCACUAUACAAAUCUUGCUAAAUUGUUAAAUUCAUCCCUUAUAAAUGCUUUUUUUAAUUACAAUUUUUUAAAAGAUUCUAUUUAAGAGAGAGAACAUGGGGAGGGACAGAGGGAGAGGGAGAAAAAGAAGGGAAUCCCAAGCAGACUCCUAGCUGAGCACAGAGCCCGAUGCGGGGCUUGAUAUCAUGACCCUGUGAUCAUGACCUGAGCUGAAACCAAGAGUCUAAUGCUCAGUCAACUGAACCACCCUGGUACCCCUUUAAUUUCAAUUUUUAAGUAUUUAUUGAUUUUUGGAUUUAACCUUUUUCCUGUGGCCUUGCUAUACUCAAUAAUUAGUUAUAACAGCUUCUUCCAGAUUUGAGAUUUUCUACAUAGAUUAUCAUAUCUUGGAAAAAAGAGUUUUAUUUGUAUCUUUGCAAACUUUUAUGCCUUUUUUUUUUUCUUGCUUUAAUGUACUUCUAGGACCUCUUUUAUAAUGUUGGUAAGAAUGGGCAUCCUAUCAUAAGAAUUGCCUUAUUCCCAUCUGGGAUAAAUUCAUUCUUUCACCACUGCGUAUGGAAGUAGCCAUAGCCUUUUUGUAUAUGACCUUUAUCUUGUCAAGGAAGUUCCCUUCUAAUCUUAGCUUU